GUAACCUCACAAGUCACAACUUUGUAAGUGUCGAAGACAGUCCAAAGGAGAAGUUUUAAGAAGAGAGGAACAAUAUAAUGCCUAAGGUACUAUACAUUUAUAAUCUUUUUUUUUUUUGUUUUUAGCAUCCAACGACGAAUUUGGGUGGUCAGCUUUCAAAAUAUGUUUAUUUUGAAAAGUGUUUCGGAAAAUACUUUUGGAGAGUAGUAAUUUCUGUUUGGUUCAUCAAUUUGCAAAACAUUUUACCAAUAUUAGAAUAGCAAUUUGCGUUUGGCCAAGGUUUCAAACUUAUUUUCGAGGUAAAGUUAUUUUUUUUUAGCUUCUGAAAAAUAACUUCUGGCACGUACAAAACUUGACCAAACAUCUCCAUUUUCUAAAAUAAUCAUUUUUGAAAAAAUAAAUAAACAUGUUUGACUUGUUAAAAACUUGGCCAAAUAGGCUAAAAGGCACAACAAAAUCGUAGCUUAAUUAAUUACUACAAUUACUAAUAAAAAGGUUAUUGUUAUUUUUCUUGGGUGGUGUCCUCAAAUGCAGACAAAGGUGGUUGUUAAUGUAUCAGUGAAUGGACAACUUCGUCCAAGUUUGAAGAAGCGGAUUUUCGGGGUGGAGAGAGUAAGUAUAGAAGCAGACUUGUUGACAGUAAUAGGAGAGGGAAUAGAUACAGUGGAGCUGGUGAACAUACUUAGGAAGAAAGUUGGAUUUGCUACUAUUGUGACACAGAAUGAAAACACAAAAGAAACAACACAUUUCUACGUAUGA